AUGUCCUUCAUUCCCACUAACGAUAUACCCAAGCUUAAAGGGAAGGUGGUCCUCGCCACUGGAGCAAAUUCCAGUCUCAGUAAAGCCGCAGUGAUGGAAAUCUGUCGACACCAGCCAGGUCAACUGGCUCACAGCAGCAGUCUCGACAAAGCCCAAGCCGCUACUGAUGAAACCAAGCAGCAGCAGCUUCCUCGUGCACUUAUUAAGGUGUUGAAGACAAUCCUCAUUCCAGCUGCAAUCGCAUUAUCAAUCUACAUCCUAGCCUCAUGCGUGAUAAUCCCCUUCUUCCGUCGCUACCACCAGCGCUACUCUCAAUACCUCCCGCUACACAGUAUAUCCGCGCACACACUGUCCCUACGCGACCGCAUAGCCGAUAAAGUAAUGCAUUUCUUCCUCCGGUCUCGGUGGCGAUUGGGCGCGCAAAUACCCGACCAUGAUAACAUCAGCAUUAACGAUGAGGAAGGGGAGAACAUGGUUGGGAUGAAUAUGGAUUCCGAGAGGCGGGGUGCGCUGGAGCAACGGAGACGUGAUAACCUGGCUGAGACGGAAGGGCGUUUAAGUCGGGAUUUGGAGGAGGGAUUUAUGGAUGAUAGUGAUGAGGAAGGGAAUGAGGAGACUAGGAAUGGACGGGCAGGGAGGCUUUGA